AUGGCAGUGAAGUCCAUCCGCAAAGCACAGUGGCAUGGCAACCAGACCCUGAAACGCCCUCGCCAAUCAACCAGUUGGCCGAGUCAACCGACCGACAUAGACAACGAGGUCGUUGCUUUAGGCGGAACAACCCACGCAGUCGACCUCACAGACGUCGCUAUACAAUCUCAGAAAGCCCCGGUCAGCAGGGAAAAACGCCUGGAAGAACUUGUGAGAGACUCCGGCCGUCUCAGACAAGAACUUGACUACUGGAAAAGCGUCGCCCUGAAGGGGUCUACCUUCAUAGCCAACGUCGACGAAGCUGUGGCGCAGCUUGCCGACAUUGUCAGCAGAUUUAGGAGUGUCAUCGACGAGACAAACUCUCUGGUGGCGGAGAACAGUAUGGCUCGUGGUAAUCCUUUAGAGUCCGACCUGAACGGCGAUGUGGGGAGAGAGACCGGCUGUAGACAAGACUUGCCGUUGACGAAAGCCGAGCUCGAUGUACUCCUGGCUCCUGUCAGACGGGGUCGAGGGGGGUAUGACUUUGAGGUUGUUGAUUCGAAAGGGAGUCCGAAGCGGGCACCAAACAAUCCUGGAGGCUGGUUCUAG